AAACAAUAGAAGAGCUGGUAGCGUUAGCGUCAUCUGUGAUCGGUUAUUACCGCGAGUCUCAGCGCUGAUAAUCAGAUCAGAUCUGAUCAGACCAUCAUCAUGUCCUCUGUAGAGUAUCUGAGGGAGUUUGUGUCCGAGCGGCUGACUGCUGCCGCCGAGGAGAUCUUCAGGGUCUUUAAGAGCACCAUCAUGGAGUAUGAGGAGGAGAUCCACCGUCAGAGGAGGCUGCUGGACAACAUCUGGAAACCUACAGAGCUCCCACAGCAGAGUGUCUGUAAGGAGGAGGAGGAGGUUCAGGAGAGGAGCUCCACUGUGGACCAGGAGGACCCCGAGCCUCCACACAUCAAAGAGGAACAGGAGGAGCUGUGUAAGGAGGAGCUGGUCCUGAAGCAGGAGACAGAUGCGUUUAUAUGGAACCCUUCAUACGAGGACAGCGAGCAUGACGAGGAUCAGACGGUGACCUUCAGUCCUGAUGAGACGGCAGAGGACGAGUCUGGAGGACACAUCCCCAGUAUUAGCUUUGUGUUAACAGAUCCAAACAGAGAGCAGCAGCUCCGUCCCCACAGCUCCCAUCAGCCUGAGAGACAGAGGCACACAGGAGGCGGGGACGGAGACGCGGGGUCAACCAGAGACGCAGAUGCACAACCAAAGACUCAACAUCACAUCAACCAAAGUCACAGCAACAACAUGGCCAACAUGUCGGGGACAUACCACCACACAGGGAAGAAGUCCUUCAGGUGUGACACCUGUGGGAAGGACUAUAAGUACAGGUCCCUGCUGCAGAGACACCUGAGGACACACACAGGUGAGAAGCCAUUCACCUGUAAGAUCUGCGGGAAAGGUUUAAAGAGCAGCACGACACUGACCGUCCACAUGAGGACGCACACCGGAGAGAAGCCGUACGUCUGUAAGAUCUGCGGGAAGAGAUUCUGUGAUGUGUCGGCGCUCAUCGUCCACAUGAGGAUCCACACAGGUGAGAAGCCAUACACCUGUAACACCUGUGGGAGGGCCUUCAGACUGGGCGGUGACCUGACCGUCCACAUGAGGACGCACACAGGCGAGAAGCCAUAUGUUUGCAAGAUCUGCGGGAAGAGAUACGUCGGCGCAUCCAAUCUGGCGAGACACAUAAGAUCACACACGGACAAGUAGUGUCAUCAACACAUCAGCUGGUUCACACACACAGAGGUCACACAGGUGAGGAGACACACCUGAGACACCUGUGGAACAAAGUUUGACUCAAGUCUGAUUCAUGAAGAAGAAAAAACACCUGAGGAACACCUGACAGGACGAACACCGAGCUGACGCUGCUGCAGAGGCGAGCUCACCUGAAGGACACACUUCACAGCAGAGAGGUGGACUCAAGUCACAUGACUGAGUCACAUGACUGGACUCGAGUCACAUGACUGAGUCACAUGACUGGACUCAAGUCAGAUUCAAGUCACAAGUUUGAUGACUUUAAUAAUGAUAAACUUUAUUCAUAGAGCACGUUUCAUAAAGAGAUGCAGCUCAAAGUGCUUCACAGUAAAGAUGCAAAACAAACGCAACUAGAGUUACUGCCCCUUGGUUGUAUGACUCCGCCCACCUCAAACGAGACGAUAAUAAAGUCCUGACAUCCUCAGACGAGACAAUAGUAAAGUCCUGACGUCCUCAAACGAGUGAAUAGUAAAGUCCUGACGUCCUCAAACGAGUGGAUAGUAAAGUCCUGACGUCCUCAGAUGAGUGGAUAGUAAAGUCCUGACGUCCUCAGACGAGACGAUAGUAAAGUCUCGAUGUCCUCAGAUGAGUGGAUAGUAAAGUCCCAACGUCCUCAGAUGAGACAAUAGUAAAGUCUUGACGUCCUCAAACGAGACGAUAGUAAAGUCCUGACAUCCUCAGACAAGAGGGUAGUAAAGUCUUGACGUCCUCAGACGAGAGGAUAGUAAAGUCCCGAAGUCCUCAGACGAGACGAUAGUAAAGUCUUGACGUCCUCAGACGAGACGAUAGUAAAGUCCUGACGUCCUCAGACGAGACGAUAGUGAAGUCCUGACGUCCUCAAACAAGUGGAUAGUAAAGUCCUGACGUCCUCAAACGAGACGAUAGUAAAGUCCUAAUGUCCUCAAACGAGUGGAUAGUAAAGUCCUAAUGUCCUCAAACGAGUGGAUAGUAAAGUCCUGACGUCCUCAAACGAGUGGAUAGUAAAGUCCUGACGUCCUCAGACGAGAGGAUAGUAAAGUCCCGAAGUCCUCAGACGAGACGAUAGUAAAGUCUUGACGUCCUCAGACGAGACGAUAGUAAAGUCUUGACCUCCUCAAACGAGACAAUAGUAAAGUCCCGAAGUCCUCAGACGAGACGAUAGUAAAGUCUUGACGUCCUCAGACGAGACGAUAGUAAAGUCUUGACAUCCUCAAAUGAGACGAUAGUAAAGUCCUGACGUCCUCAGACGAGACGAUAGUAAAGUCCUGACGUCCUCAAACGAGUGAAUAGUAAAGUCUUGACGUCCUCAAACGAGACGAUAGUAAAGUCCCGAAGUCCUCAGACGAGACGAUAGUAAAGUCUUGACAUCCUCAAACGAGAUGAUAGUAAAGUCUUGACGUCCUCAAACGAGACGAUAGUAAAGUCCUGACGUCCUCAAACAAGUGGAUAGUAAAGUCCUGAUGUCCUCAAACGAGUGGAUAGUAAAGUCCUGACGUCCUCAAACAAGACGAUAGUAAAGUCCUAAUGUCCUCAAACGAGUGGAUAGUAAAGUCCCGACGUCCUCAGACGAGACGAUAGUUAAGUCCUGACGUCCUCAAACGAGUGGAUAGUAAAGUCCUGACGUCCUCAAACGAGACGAUAGUAAAGUCCUAAUGUCCUCAAACGAGUGGAUAGUAAAGUCCCGAUGUCCUCAGACGAGAAGAUAGUUAAGUCCUGACGUCCUCAAAUGAGUGGAUAGUAAAGUCCUGACGUCCUCAGACGAGACGAUAGUAAAGUCCCGACAUCCUCAGACGAGAUAAUAGUAAAGUCUUGACGUCCUCAGACGAGAGGAUAGUAAAGUCCCGAAGUCCUCAGACGAGACGAUAGUAAAGUCUUGACGUCCUCAGACGAGACGAUAGUAAAGUCUUGACCUCCUCAAACGAGACAAUAGUAAAGUCCCGAAGUCCUCAGACGAGACGAUAGUAAAGUCUUGACGUCCUCAGACGAGACGAUAGUAAAGUCUUGACAUCCUCAAAUGAGACGAUAGUAAAGUCCUGACGUCCUCAGACGAGACGAUAGUAAAGUCCUGACGUCCUCAAACGAGUGAAUAGUAAAGUCUUGACGUCCUCAAACGAGACGAUAGUAAAGUCCCGAAGUCCUCAGACGAGACGAUAGUAAAGUCUUGACAUCCUCAAACGAGAUGAUAGUAAAGUCUUGACGUCCUCAAACGAGACGAUAGUAAAGUCCUGACGUCCUCAAACAAGUGGAUAGUAAAGUCCUGACGUCCUCAAACGAGAAGAUAGUAAAGUCCUGACGUCCUCAAACGAAUGGAUAGUAAAGUCCUGACGUCCUCAGACGAGACGAUAGUAAAGUCCCGACGUCCUCAAACGAAUGGAUAGUAAAGUCCUGACGUCCUCAGACGAGACGAUAGUAAAGUCCCGACUUCCUCAGACAAGAAGAUAGUAAAGUCCCGACGUCCUCAAACGAAUGGAUAGUAAAGUCCUGACGUCCUCAAACGAGACGAUAGUAAAGUCCCGACGUCCUCAAACGAAUGGAUAGUAAAGUCCUGACGUCCUCAGACGAGACGAUAGUAAAGUCCCGACUUCCUCAGACGAGACGAUAGUAAAGUCCCGACGUCCUCAAACGAGUGGAUAGUAAAGUCCUGACGUCCUCAGACGAGACGAUAGUAAAGUCCUGACGUCCUCAAACGAGUACUUUCUAACUAACACCGUUUUAGUUCAUUACUUUGCUAAAAUUGGUCAAAUUUGUUGGCAAGAAAUUGUCAAAUUACAGAUAAAAAAAACCCGAAUACAACCGUAACACGUGAUCAGGUUUUGUCCAUUUCUGCCUCGGGAUUGGCUGCAGACUGACUCGGCAGAGAUGGCGGCCAUCUUGUUUUUCCAUGGAUCAGUGUAAUGUGGUUUUGCUGCCACUAGAUGGCACAAAAAGAGUCCACGGACGAGGACAACAGGCAUUAAGCAGAUUGAAGUAUAAGGAGCAGAGGACACUAAAUGUGAUGUCCUCAUGUGAGGACGCAGGGUCACAUUUGAAGACAUUCCCUCAUGGUGUUGUUGACAUACUAUGUUCACGAGAAAGGCGCGCAUGGACCGACAACCUAAAAACAUAAUGUCUGCGGCCACAGGUAUCUGUGAUGCGGAGACGUGAAAAGGACGAUAAGAUGAGACAAUAAAAAGACAGUUGAUGAUAAACAAAAUAAUAAAGUGAAGGUAGAGAGAUCAGACACCAGUCAGAGCAGGAAAUAUUGUAGAAUUAAUAUAAAAAAAUUAAAAGAAAGACAUUGAUUAAAAGUCAGACGGCAUAAAAAGGUUUAAUAACAUUCAGUUUUGUAGCAUCGUUUACAAAAAGCUGCUCCGCCUUUUUUCGUGUGUAUAAAUGUGUGUAUUUCAAACCCAUCAUUCAGCAGAUCUGAGAGCUGCCAAAUGAUGAUUGGACGACAGAGUCUGUGACAUCAGCUGGUCCCAAACCUUUAAACUUUAAACACAAGUCAGAGAGCGUUAACAUGUGCUCUCAGAGACACACGGAGCCGGCGAGACGCAGCUGGAACCAGGUCAUAUGUUCUGUCUUCAUUGUUUGUUAUGCUGAAAUGUUUCAUGUUUGGACAGACGGUAUAAAGAAAUAAUCUCGUGUUUAAAAUAAACGUUUUUCUGCAUCUUUACAGGAACGGACCUGCUGAUGUUUCUGACGUGGUAAAACGCUUCUCAGUCACGUCUUUAUGUGUGAAAUCAAAUUUAAAUCUGAAUUUAAACUCAAUUUGAAAAAAAAUCAAGACUUCGAACCUGACUCGAACUUUAACCCCAGUGACUCGUGACUUCACCUGGACCUCAGCCUUUUGACUUGAAAACACCUGAUAACGUAUUUCCAAAUUGUUACACAAUUCAAAUUAAUUUCCCUUCACUUCCUGAAUUACUAAUGUUAAUGUUAAAUUUUUCCAUUCAGUCGACACUUAAUGAUCCAUUUUGUUUGAGCCAAUCUGACAUCAUCCAAUCAGGUUGCAGGACAGAACCAUGAGAAACUAACGCCACGUUACUGAGCGCCAGCAAGAAAAAAUGAAGGAUCAUUUCAGUCAUGUAUGAAAACUAUGUUAUGGGAAAAAACAAAACAAACUGCAGUGCAUAAAAUAUCAAACAUCACAGACGGAGACGCAACAACUUCCAACUUUGUUAGACGUGAAGAUAAACAGAGAACAGCAGGUGGAGGCUAAUAAUAACAAAGUUAACAAGCUAAUGCUAAGCUAAUGUUAGCUUCAGCUUCAAUUCAGUUAAAUUCAACAGAACUUUAUUUAUCCCAAAGGAAAUUCUCGUGCAUAUUACAGUAACAACAAUAAACAUUAUUGUUAUAAAACAAUAAACAAGUUAAAUAUCUGUCAAAAUAUUCAAUAUAUAGAUAAAUAGAUAGAUAGAUAGAUAAAGUGUUUAAGGAGCAAAAAGCAAAAACCAGUGUCUGAUAGAGAAACAACAGAAGAAGUAAAAGAGUUACUAAAGAUGAACUGAAAUGGUGGAAAGAGAUGAACUGCAGUUGUCAUGGUGAUAUUGAACAUGAUGCAGUUCAUCCUGUCACAGUGCUGCUGAUGGAGGUGAGUGGUGACGUAGCUCAGCAACAUUUUAACACGUAAAUUCAAAGUUUAAAAAACAUUUACAAUCGUUGCACAUUUAAUAUAUAUUUACAGGUCACAGUGAUAAACUGGGUUUAAUGUAUCAGUGAUAUAAAGGUUAUCAUACUGUGUACAUUUGAUUAUCUAUGAUGUUAAAAAACAACUGACGGAGAGUCUCAACUUUGAGUGUUUUUAAAGAGACUUUUUAUAUGAACGUCCAUGAACCAAAACAAAGUGUGACGAAAGGCUGCAGCUCAACUCUCAACUUGAUUUUACUUUUUACACAAACUUUAAUUUGAAAAAUGUUUCAGUUACACUAAUAAAAUGUUUGUUGAACCAACAAUAA